UAAAUACUUUACAUGUGGCUCUAAUCCUCCGUAUCAGUGGCUCAACGGUUGCUCCACAGCUUGUUAUCUUUGCGGUCGAGGCGGAGGAGGGAAGGUGGAGCCAGGCUGUGCGGUGCGCCUCCCUCCUGAUGGGGGAAAGUACAGACUCCCGGUAACAGAAGAGAUGAACUGUGAAACUCUGAUGAAACUUCAAUAAAUCCGCGCGGAGCUGCUUGGAUAAAAAAACAAAAACAAACCAUGGCGCGGUCCAAGGCGCGGGUGUACACUUGUUGCGCGCUGAUGCUGCUGUGCGUGAUUGCGGUGAUUGUGAUUAUUUGUGUACUUGUGAGGCGCAAGUCCUCACAUGUACUGUGUCCUAAUGACACUUUCUCCAGCGCUGCGGUGGCUGCAGACACGAAGACGUGUUCAGAGAUCGGACGGGACAUCCUCCGGAGAGGAGGCACGGCGGUAGAUGGCGCCAUCGCCGCGCUGCUGUGCACCUCCGUGAUGAACCCGCAGAGUAUGGGCAUCGGAGGGGGGUCCAUCUUCACCGUGAUGGACAGCUCAGGUAAGGUGAAGAUCAUCAACUCCAGAGAGACGGUGCCGAAGAACGUGAAGUCCAACCUGCUGCAGUCCUGCCCCAAAACGUUCCAGCUCAUAUCAGGUCCUCAGUGGAUCGGGGUUCCAGGUGAGAUUCGUGGUUACGAAGAGGCCCACAGGCUGUACGGGAAGCUGCCGUGGUCCGACCUCUUUGAUCCGACCAUCAGGCUGGCCAGAGACGGAUUCCCCAUCCCCAAGAUCCUCGGCCGAUACAUCGCGCACCUGGACACCAACCAGACGCAGUCACUGAAGAAGCUGUAUUCAGACGAGGACGGGAACCUGCUGAAGACCGGCGACUUUGUGAAGUUGGAGAAACUGGCCAACACUUUGAAGACCAUCGCGACUCGCGGGGCCGACGCCUUCUACACGGGAAGGAUAGCAGAGGAUUUGAUCUCUGACAUACAGGAGGCAGGAGGAACGCUCACGGCGCAGGACUUGGCCGGGUAUCGAGUAACGGUGACGGACGCGUGGAAAGUUCCUCUGGGAGAGUAUCAGAUGUUCAUACCUCCACCUCCCGCUGGAGGCAUCCUCCUCAGCCUCAUCCUCAACAUCAUGAAAGGAUAUGACCUGAAGCCAGCAGCUCUGAGCGCUGAGCAGAAGACGCUCACCUAUCAUCACUACGUCGAAGCUUUUAAGUUCGCCAACGGACUGAAGAAACACAUCCGCGACCCAAAGUUCAGCUCGGAAGACGUGAAGAAGUUCACAGAGGAAAGUUUCGCUAACUACAUCCGGAGUUUGAUCAAAAACGACCAGACUCACAAUCCGCAGUAUUACAACAUGACCCCGUAUGUGGACGCCAUGGGCACCACACACGUGUCCGUGCUGGAUCAGUACGGAUCUGCCGUGUCCGUAACCAGCACCAUCAACCACAUAUUUGGCUCGAAGGUCUUUUCUCCGAACACUGGAGUCAUCCUCAACAACGAGCUGUCAGACUUCUGCGGGAAAGCCGAUAACAUCUUUCCUGGGGAGCAGCCUCCGUCCUCGAUGGCGCCCACUGUGCUGAAGUCUCCGUCUAAGACGUUGGUGAUUGGAGGGUCUGGUGGCGGCAGGAUCACGACUGGGAUCGCCUCGGUGCGUCUCCAGGGCAAUCACGCUAAGUGCCAUUUAGAUAAAUUGCAGCAGACUAAUGCCCCUCGCUGUUGUCAUAGUGAGCGAUGCUGUGCUCGCAAUCAUCACUUCCUCAUCAGGAAGAUUGUUGUGUUUCUCUUGCAGGCACUCAUGAACCACCUCUGGUUCGGAAAGAGUCUCAAGGAGGCGAUCGCUGCUCCGGUUGUUUUUGUCACGUCUGAUAACGCUGCACAGUUUGAGUCUGAAUUUGAUCAGGAUGUCAUCCAGGCUCUGAAAGAUCUCGGGCACAAACAAAUACCCCAAUCAGCGUUCUACAGCGUGGUCAACGCCGUGGAGGAGGUGGACGGUUGCAUCUGCGCCGUGUCCGACGCCAGGAAACACGGCGAAGCAGCCGGUUACUGACACCUUUCCCAGAAAAAUCAGACCAUACCCGACUCCACAUGCCACCCAGCUCCUGGCUCGCCUGGUCUUCAAUCAACCCGAAAGGUCACGUUCCUCAUGGAGCUCCUCUGUCGACCUGCAGCAGCCACAUUAAAUUCAAAUCUCUAACGCUGACUGCAAAGCAGUCUCCGGUUCUUGAACGUCCUCACACAGACAGAUGUUACCUCCUCCUGGCUCUGCCACCCGUACGCUCAGGACAGUCCAAACUUUUCUCGUCUGUUGUUCCCCGUUGGUGAAACGUCCUACCAGCUCCACCAGAUCAGGGGGAAGCAGAUUCCCUGCAAGAAUUGUGUCAAUUGUACUUUUAUUUCUUUCAAGGGAACUUGUUACAAAUUGGUUAAACCUGUUGCCAGAAUACAUUUUAUAUAAACACAUGGAUGUUGUAAGCAGUGCUCAAAAUGGACUAAAGACAACAGUUAGUUCAGACCAAGUAAUCGGAGUGCCAAUAUAGAGAAUAACAGCACUGAAGCUGUCACUGGAGUAUCACUGCACUUAACAACUGUUCUAAUAUUAACGUUACAUUAGGGCAGGGGUCCCCAAACUUUUUUUCGGUGCGGGCCACA